ACGUAUCUGCUGGGACAAGGACAGCUUGGAAAACCACAAACCGCCUGGAAGGACCUGACCCCGUGCCGGCAAUGGCCUCUCAACCUGUGAUUACUGUGCAGCCCCAGUUUUCAGUGGCCCAGCAGCCAGGGAUGUGGCAGACAGGGCUGAUGGACUGCUGUACCAACUGCGGAGUCUGUUUGUGUGGGACGUUCUGCCUGCCCUGCCUGAGCUGCCAGGUGGCCGGGGACAUGAACGAGUGCUGCCUGUGCGGCUCCAGCGUGGCCAUGAGGACCCUGUACCGCACCAGAUACAACAUCCCGGGCUCCAUCCUGGGAGACUUUUGCUCGGUCUGGUGGUGCGGGCCGUGUGCGCUCUGCCAGCUCAAGAGAGACAUCAACCGCAGGAGGGAGAUGGGCAUAUUCUGAUGCUGCCAUCUUCAGUGGAGCCCCUGCAGGCAGCAGCUGCUGCCCUGGGUGUUGGGACAUGCGCCACGAGGAGUUUGCUUUCGCUGUGCUCCAUCCUCUCUUCCCGGGGUAAAGCCAGCAAUAAAAGCACUGCCUGUG